CCUAGGACCAGGAGAACCUGGAGAAAGGAGCGUCCUGAGAAAGGAUGGGAAGAGAAAUGUCGGAGCAGAAUGAUCGGUAUCCUAGAUCCAGUAGUUUCAAGGACAAUGAUAAAUAUGUCCGAACCCGGAGUGGGACGUAUGUCAGGAGGGAGUCGGAGGAGUCCUUGAACCAGAAGAGGAGGGAGAGUAAUACUAUGCCGGAAUUUAGAUCAGCAUUAAAGGAAAGGUUGGCGAAAACUAGAGAUGAAUUGCCCCAGGGGUUGAUGAGAGAGGUUUUAGAAACAUAUAAACCAAACCUGCUCACUAGAAGAAGAAGAUUGAUCGAGGAUUGUGUGAGAGAUCUUCUAUUAAACAACGAUCAUAUCCAUGUAGUAGAGCAACAGAUGAGACAAGCUAUCAAAUUCGGACUUCAGAAAGCAACCCACGAUGAUGCCAGUGUGAAAUGUUUCCCCACCUAUGUCCGCGAACUCCCGAACGGAAGUGAGCACGGGAAGUUCCUCUCUCUUGAUCUCGGAGGAACCAACUUCAGGGUCAUCUUCAUGGAGCUGACGGAGUCGAAGGAGUUUAUGAUGGACAGUAAGAUCUAUGCAAUCCCCCAGGAUGUGAUGACCGGUCCUGGUUUACAACUAUUCGAUCAUAUUGCAGAGUGUUUGUCCAACUUUGUUCAUGAUCGUGGACUAGAGAAGGAGAGUUUACCCCUAGGUUUCACCUUCUCCUUCCCCCUGGAGCAGCAGGGUCUAGCUCAAGCUAUCCUGGUAACCUGGACCAAAGGGUUCAGCUGUGAAGGAGUGGAGGGAACAGAUGUUGUCGAUCAUCUUCAGAAAGCUUUGGCUAGGAGAGGAGAUGUAAAGAUAGAAGUGUGUGCUAUACUUAAUGACACAACAGGAUGUCUCAUGAGUUGUGCCUGGAAGGAUAGUAGGUGUAGGAUUGGUCUAAUCCUAGGAACUGGAACUAAUGCCUGCUACCUAGAGGAUAUCAAGAAUAUAGAGAACCUAGACCCAAAUAUGUUCCCGGGCCAGGACCAUAUGGUUGUUAAUACUGAGUGGGGAGCAUUCGGAGACAAUGGAGAACUAGAUUUCGUCCGAACCAAGUGGGAUAAGGCUGUUGACGAGAUGUCAGUUAAUCCGGGAAAACAGAUUUUUGAGAAAAUGAUAAGUGGAAUGUAUAUGGGUGAGUUGAUCCGUCAGGUUCUAGUGGAUCUUAUGAAGGAUGAUCUCAUCUUUGUUGGAGCAGAGAGAGAUAAGAUCCUGGAGCGAGGAAGUUUCUUCACGAGGUUUGCAUCCGAGAUAGAAUCUGAUCCAGUAGGAGAGUAUACCAGGGCUAGACAAGCAUUAGAGGAGGUUGGGUUGGAUUCUGAUGAUAUAUCUGAUGAUGAUUGCUCGGCCCUCAGGUUUGUAUGUGAGUCGGUUAGCCGGCGUGCUAGUAUGAUGGCUAGUGCAGGGAUCACUGCUUUACUCAAGAAGAUGGAUUACAAGGAUGUUGUAAUUGCUAUCGAUGGAUCAUUGUUCAGAUUCCAUCCGCAUUUCAAGAACGUGAUGCAGAGCAGAAUUUCUCAGAUGAUGGGAGUUAAUUAUAAGUUUGAUCUUCUCCUUUCUGAGGACGGAUCUGGACGCGGAGCAGCUCUAGUAGCUGCAGUUCUUAAACGAGGAAAGAACUAGAGGUUCAGUUGAACGUAUUAGUUAAAAGUAUUAUUAGAUUUCAUUUAUGUCCAGAUAGGUUUAGACAAUUUAACUGUUGUAGAGAGUGUUUACAUAGAUUAAUUAACAAUAAUAGAUUGGACACUGCAUGUAGUCUUUUUUAGAUUUAGAGGUUUCACGUUCACAAUAACCAUGAGGCAGAAGCCCAUAGGAGUUCCACGCAGGCAGCAUUGAAUAACAAGACAGAAAGGAGCAUGCGCUGCCUGCGCUUCUGCCUCAGGGUUAUUGUGAACGAAAAACCUCUAAAUCUUAAAAGACUACAUGUAGUGUCCAAUCUGUUAUUGUUAAUUAAUCUAUGGCUGUACGGUUGUGCAGCUGUACCUGUACAUCUUUAAAGCUGUACACUCUCUCUGUUGUUUAUCAUGUACACAAUAAAGUGUAAUUUGUUAAAAAUAUCGAGUAGUAAUAUUAUUAAAAUAAGUUUGAGAUUAAAAAUUAAAUAUAUUUUGCGCUAAA